AAAUUUGACAGCUCGCGAAAAGAAAACAAUCAUUCCUGUGAAUUUGCUGCUACUCGCAGGUGCGUUCCAGAACAGCUCCCGUUAAUUUGUGCAUCGGCAUCGGUUUUUGGUGUUCAAUCGAGCUUAUGGUACGCUAAUCAGAACAACAAGAAACCUGCUCGUACGUGUGUGAGAGUGUGUGAAAGCAACAGCAAAGAACGCAAGCAAAGAUGGACACAAUGGAAGUACCGAACUAUGGCACCGUGGUGGUGUGCCCGUACAACAACGCGCACCAGAUACUGGCGGAGCGUUUGCAGAAGCAUCUGGUCAAGUGCCGGCGGCAGUACCCGAACGCCAAGAUUACCGCCUGCCCGUUCAACAACGCGCACCACAUCCCGGAGCAGGAGCUGAAGCUGCACACGAAGACUUGCCCCGACCGGGGCCAGAUGGAAUCGUUCAAGUAUGCGAUCGCGUCGACCCCGGCACCGCCGCCACAAGCCGCCGUGUACGUACGGUCGGACGGUACGACGGUCUUGGCGACGGCCCCGCCAGUGGAGGACGUUAAGCAAGACGACGACGAGAACUGGGACGACAUGGAUGCACCGGCCUACAAUCCGGCCAAGUACUGUGCGAACAAUCUCAUCAUCCGGAAGGCGACGCACAAGACCGCGGCGGAGAAGCGCCAGUUUUACGAGGACGAACGCGUCCGCCAUGAGAUGCUGAAGAAGGGCAACGCCUAAUCGUGCGGAUGUGUGGGUGUGUAUGUGUGUGUAUCCGGUAAAUACUAAUACUAAGGGCACGCUUUGCCGUCUUUUGUUAUACCUAGGGCGAUAGUGUUAUCAGGACUGUAAGAAUCUAAUUGGAGAACAGUAAGCUUGUUUUUUCUUUAUCUUUUCAACGAAUGAUUUAAUGGAAGUCAGUGUAGAAAUCACGUAAGGCACGUGGAAGUUUCAGGUAAUACACACACAAAAAUAUGAAUUUUAUCUACCUUUCGCUCUCUGUACUCGAGUUACCCGUUGGAAUUAUUCUCAAACUCUUCAGAAGAGAUUUGAUCCUAACCGAUGCCAUAUCAAGGGCAAAUGAUCCUUAAAAAUUAAUCUUUGAAAAUUUUGACAAUGUUUGUUGAAUUUGUUGAAACCAGUAGCAAGUGAAUUAAGCAGGAAAUGUACAGAAAAAGCAAAUAUUUCAAUGUAAAGGGGCAUAAGAGAGUCAUUCGUAGUGAUGAAGAGCUGAAGAUAUUGGCCAGUAUAUUAAAAAAAAAACAACUCAAAA